AUGAAAUGGAAGGUUCUUGAACAUGUGCCCCUGAUGCUGUAUAUCUUGGCAGCAAAAACCUUAAUUCUCUGCCUGGCAUUUGCUGGAGUGAAAAUAUACCAGAGGAAAAGGUUGGAAGGAAAACAGCAAAAACUGGAGGCUGAAAGCAAGAAGCAAUCGGAGAAGAAAGAUAACUGA